ACUCACUCUCAUCUACUCAAUUCUCUUUCAAUCAUUCAAUCAUCCCAUCAUUAAUUCAAGAUCUCCCAAUUAAAUUUCCCAAAUGCUGUAAAAACAAAUCAGUUGAUUCAUUUUUUUCUAGUUUUUUUUCAUAUGAUGCGGAUUCUUUCUUUGAUUCUUCUUUCAAUUUCUGCUAUUUUUUUCGAGGUUUGUAAUUGUAAUGGCCGCAUCUUUACAUUUCAAAUGCAUCAUAGAUAUUCAGAACAAGUCAAGAUUUGGUCUCAGCAGAAUAUCCGGGAUCAUUUUCGUUAUCGUUGGCCUAAAAAAGGUUCUUUUGAGUAUUAUUCCGAGUUAGCGUUACGUGAUCACUUUCUUAGAGGUCGCAAGAUAUCCGAAGUGGAACAACCUCUUACUUUUUCUGAUGGAAAUUCUACUUUUCGUGUUAGUUCUUUGGGAUUUUUACACUAUACAACGGUGACAUUGGGGACGCCAGGGGUGAAGUUUUUGGUGGCAUUGGAUACGGGGAGUGAUCUUUUUUGGGUUCCUUGUGAUUGUACAAGAUGUGCUCCCUUUGGGAAUGCAAAUUAUGCUUAUGGCUCUGAUUUUGAGCUUAACAUGUACAACCCUAAAGCAUCAUCCACCAGCAUGAAGGUUUCAUGCAAUGACACUUUGUGUGCGCAUCGUAAUAAAUGCUCAAGAUCAUUCAGUCAUUGCCCUUAUGUAAUAUCCUAUGUCUCUGCUGAGACAUCAACUUCUGGAAUCUUAAUGGAGGAUGUGAUGCACUUGACAACAGAAGAUCAUCAUCCGGAAUCAUUUGAGGCUUACAUCACAUUUGGUUGUGGACAAGUUCAGACUGGUUCAUUUCUGGAUGUGGCGGCUCCAAAUGGUUUAUUUGGACUUGGGAUGGAUAACAUAUCAGUACCCAGCAUAUUAUCUAGGGAAGGCUUUAUAGCAGAUUCCUUCUCCAUGUGCUUUGGGCUUGACGGAGUAGGAAGGAUUAACUUUGGUGAUAAAGGCGGCCCUGAUCAGAAGGAAACUCCAUUCAAUGUGAAUCCAUUACACCCGAGCUAUAACAUAAAUGUAACACAAAUUCGAGUAGGAACUGCACUCAAUGAUGUGGAGUUUACUGCCCUUUUUGAUUCUGGGACAUCAUUUACGUAUCUUGUUGAUCCUGCUUAUACGAAACUUGCAGGAAAUUUUAAUUCACAAAUUAAAGAUAAGAGGCGACCUUCUGAUCCAAGAAUUCCUUUCGAGUAUUGCUACGAUAUGAGACCUGAUGCAAAUACAAGUCUGAUACCUACCGUGAGUCUCUCUAUGGUAGGGGGUAACCAAUUCAUGAUUUAUGAUCCUAUCAUUGUCAUUUCAACCCAGAGUGAACUUGUAUAUUGUCUUGCUGUGGUCAAGAGUAAAGAGCUCAGUAUCAUUGGACAAAACUUCAUGACUGGCUAUCGCAUUGUAUUUGACAGAGAGAAAUUAAGCCUGGGCUGGGAGAAAUCUGAUUGUUAUGACAUUCAGGUGUUCAACACUUCUGGGGUUAGUGGCACUCUCGUCCCAGCUGCAGUCGCUGCUCAACCUGAUAAUAAAACACAAGGUGCUAUUGGGAGUGCAUCUCACAGAUCAACAGCAUUGCCAAUUUCCCCCUCGUUUUUUGGUGAAGUAUUUACUUGUUUGACGCCACUAAUUUUUGUUAUUUUCCUAUUUCACUAGCUCUAUUUAAGUACCACGUUCACCUGUGAAUUCUGUCGCUACCAAUCCCCGUAUAGUAUGUCCUGUAGUAUCUCCGUUGUUAGAAGGUUCAGAUACCUAAAGACAAUUCUUUUCAGCGCUGUAUUAUUACUGGAAACAGGCUAGGCCACUAUAUAUCUUUGGUAUAUAGUUUAUAGUAAUAGAAUUAGAGCAUUUUGAAAAUCUCAUGAAUUUUGUUCAGAAGUACUCCCCCCCUCCCCCUGCAUUUAUUCAAUGUAAAAUUUCCUAAGCUGAAUUCAGAUUGGCUUUGGAUCUGGCCGUUGUGUGCCGACUUUCUUGUCAAACUAGGUCCAUGAUCACCUCGAAUGGACAACUAUAGUAACAAGUUUUCCGAAAAUUUGAAACAAAUAAGUAAAAAUAUAUAAAAAAAUCACAUUAUAACCAACUUGUGAAACUAUUUCCCAAGAUAAGCAGUUUUUUUCCAGACCCAAGGUUUACAUUAUAACCAACUUUUAAAACUAUUUCCCAAGAUAAGCAGUUUUUUUCCAGACCUAAGGUUUAUUGUUUGCACUUAGUAACAGUGAAGAAACUCUCAUUGAUCCUCCCACAAAGAUCAAGCAAAACAGGUAUAUACCAUCUCAUUGUAGUACUAUAGUGUGUGACUAAUUGUCCCAAAGUCUGGAGGUCUGAUUUAUCCCAAGCUGUGGCAUGUGUCUAAAAAGUUGUACACUUAAACUGUGAUUAUUGUGCGAUUUCCCUCUGAUUUAAAUGUGUUUGCAAGAAUACCAAUUAUCAUUCCAUAUUGAGGGAUUUUAAUAGUCAGGAUAAAGAGAUUUCCAAUAUAUUGCAAAACUAGCCAAAUAGUUAGGUUGCAACAUCGGUUUAUGAUGUACUCUCUCCAUCCCUUUUUAUUUGUUUUUGUUUGAUCAAAUCUAUUAGUUUUUUUGGUUUAUUUGCUGAAAAGGUAGAAGCGAAAAGGACUUAAAGGGAAGGGAUGGGAGGAAGAAAAUAAUGGGAUGAAAAUAACAUUUUUUCCUUGCAUAAGAUGAAAUCUAUUACACGUUUUUGAUUCUUUACUCACAUUCUUCACCCGUACAAACCCAAACAAGGGUACUAAGGAAAAACUUU